CACGCGCACAGCUGACGGUCGCCUGGCAGGGAGGCUCGAGGAGGCGAGGUCGACCACCACACACACACACACACAGAGCCUUCACGUCUUUUCCUCACUUCCUGUGACUCACUCAGUUCCUCCAUGCCUUGCUGAGGGAGGGAGUAGCACUUGGAGGAAUCAGGUGCGCCAGGUAACACAGGUGAGGCCCGACAGGUUCCCGACAGCUAUGGAGCAAGAGGUGCUAAUCCGAGUGACAAACUCAUCUCCCUACAAAACUCCCUUGAAGAUUCAUUCGUUCAAAACGGCAAAAUGGAGAAGAAGAUCGGCUGAAGAACUGGAAGCUCUAUCACUCAGCUCCCUACGAGUACUGAAGAAGGAACUCGAGAAUAUUGCUCAGGAGGCCUCUGGAGAGCUGGUGGGACUCUUACAGGAACGACAGGGUUUACAGGAGGAGGUAGACAUAAGGUCCAUUACCAUUGAGCAGCUACUUAAAUUUGCAGAGAGACGACAAGUUCAGCUCAGGGAACCCCUGGCAAUACAAAUGAGUGUUGUAAGAAACCACCAAGAGGCAAAUGCCGAGAGUGGACUAGGGUAGCAAAUAUUACGAGGCUAGUACCAAGUGUGCUAGGCUAGUCAUGGCGAGAAGCAGAUAGAGAUAUGGAGAGACGUGUUUUGCCAUGGUAAGAGGCCAGUAGGAACGUAGCUCUCAUGCUAAAGUUAGGUACAACAUUUUGAAAAAUGACAAUGAAGUCCGCUGUAUUUCUGCUGAAAUAACUUUUGUAAAAUGAGAUUUAUUCCGAUUUGCUAUGUUGAAAUGAAGAGAAUUUGCAUAUCAAUGAUAUACACUUACUGAUAUUUAUGUGUGGUUUGCCUUUAUUCCAUGUGAUAGGAAUUGUGCUGGUAGUUUUAACUUAGUGUAAACACUUUUCCACUAGAAGUUUUGUAAGUACAUUCCUUUGGCUACUGGAUAUUAGUUUGUUAUUGUUGUGUGAUAGAUGAAUGUGUGAAUGUUUGUUUUAAUACCUGUUUUCAUUGAUGAUAUUUCUUCAUUAUUCUUUGAACAUUUGUUUCUAACACAUGUGACUCAUGUAAUAUAAGAAAGUCAUGUUUCAGAGACGAGAUGAUUUUAGUAUUACUAGUUUUUUAAAGACACUGUUAAAUACACACACUUUUCCUGGAGUAGAUAGCAGAAGACAUUGCUGUAUAUAUAAAACUUUAAUGCCCUCCAUUGUCAGAAAUAGGAUGACAAAUUUUUUUAGUCACCAUCACAGUUUUUCUAUUAUUUUGACAGCAAGAUAUUUUUAGAAUGCCUAUUUUCAAUAUUUACUAUCUAGCCCUAAGAUUUUCAUCACUUUAAUAUACCACAUGGAUUUUUUUUUUCUUUUUUUUGUCAUAUAUAUCUGUACAAGAGUGGGAAAAUGUCCUAAGGAAUUUGAGUUAAUGGUCAAGUUUGAUAUGGUAUAUACUAUGGUAUUUUGAAGUGGUUAUUGCUAUAUUUUUGAGGAAAGUCUUUUAUCCAGCUUAUUCAUUUCUAUUUGUGAUCAAUAUAAAAUAUUCAUAAAUGACAGGUGUCUUCAUAAACUGAUUCAUUGAUGUUAGUUAAACUUUAACUGUGUAAUUGUACAGUAUUCUUCACAUGAAUACAAAAUGUAUUUUAAUAAGGCCUGUCAUAGUGAAUGUGUGUGAGGGAUAUCAUGGUUUAUUAAUACUGUAUCAAAGUUGGGUUAUCUAAGAAAUGUAUACAGGUCAUUAUAACCUGAAAGCACUUGCAAAACUGGACCUUUUUGACUCAGAUUCCUUUGAACAUAAAUUUGUAGUAGUACCAGCACAGUAUAGUAACUAAUGAAGUGAGAAAUCUUUACUGUUGCAGUGCUUUACGAGAAACACUUCACCUAAAUAGGGAAUCUUUAUAAAAAUGUAUGGGCUUUUUACAUCCUGUAUUUAUCUCACUGAGAAAAGAUUCCCUUGCUUGCAUAUCCUCUCCUUGUGUACUGCAUGUAGAUGUCUUUAGUUUUGUGUAUAGUAAGUAGGCAUCAAAGAUUAAAAGAAAAAUCUAUUAGAAAGUUUCUGAUUCAUGAAAGGGUUUAGAAUACACUAGAUUGAAAUUGCUACUCUGAAUCCAAAUGUAAUAUUUGGCAACUUACGAGACAUGUAUUCUGGUAUAUAUUAUGGGAAAUUAGUGGGAUAUUUUAUGAGAAAAUUAUAUUUUUUAUUUUUCAGCAAAGACAAAUUCUCUUUGAUGUAUGUCACUUUUAGAAAUCCAGGAUGGCUCUCUUAUACUCAGGUAGCCUGAAGGGAGAGUGAUUUUAAUGAGAUAACAUUCUGUUAUUUCUGUUCUGAUCUUUAUUCUUUCUGUUUAGUUUUCCUGUUGGGUAUCUGCUCCUACUAGGAAAGAAAAUUUCCCAGAUUCUUUCAAAGACCUUUCCUUUUUUAUGAUAAUCUUUCUUGUUGAUAGGAAAUGCAUGAAUCAUUUUCACAAUUUGACUAAUAAAAGUUAUUUAAUCAUAAUGAGAAGAUAUAUUCAUUUAUAUAUAUAAUUAGUAGCAGCUAUGAUCAUGUAUAUAUAUAAAUAUAUAACCUUUUAAAAUCUUAAUCUUGUUCACGUACAUUUGAUUGCUUUCUAAAAUGUUCAAUCUUACAUAUGAGCAGAAAAAUGCAAAGUGGAUUUUUUUUUUUUUUUUAUGUCAACAGUAAUGAUUGCAUUAAAAAAACAUAUAUGUGUAUACUUUAUGGUAUUUCUCUCUUUUCUUUUAACUUUAGUUAUCACAUAAAAGCAUUAUUUAUCUUAUGACUCCACGUACCAGUAGUUUCCUCCUUGGUGUGAAACUAGUAUCCUAUUUGAAUAUUUGUAUGAAAUGCAGUUCUGAUACUUGUUUUGACUUUUUGUUCAUAGCCAAAGAAUGUCAAUUAAUAGAAUGUAUACUCUUGAGUGGAAAUGUUUUGUGUAACUGAACUUUGAGCAGUUACAUUAUGUGUUAGUACAGUAUGCUUUUCUGUAUGUUUUUGGUUGUGAUAUCUGGCAGUAUUUAUUCAUCGUAUUAUAGGUUUGAAUUAAUGGUUUUGAUAAGAUGUUAAAGGGCAUUAAACAUGACAUUUUGGUUUAACUGAACAUUUCUAAUACUCUGUAAGUGAUGUUUGUCAUUCAAAUUUUGUAACUUCCUCUCUUUCUGAAGAGAUCUACAAAUAAAUAACUCUUAAAGUAUUUGGUAUAAGAAUAUUUGUAGGUAAUGCUUUAUCAAUAUUACAAGUCAUCAUUAAUAUGGCAUGUACAUUAGCAGGAAUUCUGUAAGCCAUUAGACCAAUGGAGCAUGUGUCUGUUUAACACAUAGCUCUAAGUCAAGGUGAAACCAUCACACCAGCGAGGGCCUAGAUGACGAUUAUAUCUGGCUUUGUCUGACCCUUCAGUUUAAAGACUUUUCAUUGCAAGAUAACUCUUUCUGUGUCUUUAUGCAAGUACACAAUGUUUUCUUUACUGUAAAAAUAUUCUUUAGAGGUUUCAUUUAUUAAUAGAUCUUCAGAAUGACUUUGAGUAUAUUUAUAUAUUGAGUUUGAAUAUAAUGUUUUUAGCAGUAUUCACAAAGUGAGUUAAUUAAAAAAUAUGAAAAAACUACUUUCGUGAAAAUACAGUUAAUUGUGAAUAACAAGCUAUUUUGAGAUAUGUUCACUAAAGAUAGAUAAGGAAAACAACUUUUGAGGUAGUUUGUGUUUCUUGAAAUACUUGAAAAAUCAAUAAAAAAGACAUUUGGUGGUUGUGGAAAGUUACUUUAGUGCAGUUUGAAAUUUAUAUAUAAUUUAAGUGGACCUGCUGCCAGAGUGGAUUGGAGUGCUUGUAUAUGUUAUACAACUGAUAUAUAUCAGUGAACAUGUCUUAAAUGUAUUCACAUUCACUUGAAAGAUUAUAAUUUGUUAUUUUUCUGUAAAUCUCAUGCCCAGUAUUAUUCAUAUUAUAUCUUAUUGUAUUUUAAUGAUGUAGCUACAUUUUCCUUGAAUUCCAUUCCAUUCCAUUUCCCCACUGAGAAAAGAUGACAAGUUCAGCAUUCAUUGUUUAGGAUCAAUUUCUUUAAGCCUUUACAUUAUUUGAUGAGCUUAACCAGGCAACAGCUGAACUCUUUAUUACUGUAGACAAAAAAUCAGGAAGUUAGACUUUACACAAUAAACUAAGCAAGUAGAACUUAUGCAGAAAGGACUGGCAGUGAUUUUCAACUAAGAUAAUGUCAGUUAUCUCUUGCCACAUUAUGCAUUGUCAUGCAAGAAAUUAAAUAUACAUUUUUAUUGUUGAUUAGUAAAAACUAUAGUUUUUUUUUUUUUUUUGACAUGAUUUUUCUACAGUCUGAUAAUGCUAUUAUUUAAUUUUAUUUUUCAGUCAAUAUGUUUUCUGUAUGUAAAAUAUUAAUUGUGUAUACCUCAAUUUAUAAUUUUCAUAUCCAAAUAAAAUGUUCACAUUUCAAUGGACCCUUUCUGUAAGAAAAUUCAAAUUGUAGAUCUGAGAGACACUUCAUUAAAAUGUAUGCAAGUAUACUUUGUUGGGAAAAGGUCCAAUUUCACUCCUGUAUGAUUUGUACUAUAAUUUCAAAAUACUUUUGUUAUUCAUUUAUGCAGAUGACUUUAGUAUGUCAUCAAGUUACAAACAUUUGAUUGUGUAGUAUGACAAAACAGAACAGGACCAGCUUCUAAAGGUGUCUGUGUUGUCAUUCACACAAGACCUUUCAAGACAAUAAAGAGCUUUAUUUAAAUUAUGUGAUGCAAACUAAGAUAAUGCUUUCUUUGCUGAAUGUAGUAGUUUUAGUAAAGUAAUAUGAAUACCAAAGGUUCUGUCUGUGAUAAAAUUUUCAUACUGCAGGGCCUUUGCCACUCUUUUUGAAUCACACCUUUAUACUGUAUAAAAGUACUUUGAUGCAUCCUGCGUCCAGCUUUCAUUACAUGAUUUGCCUUUAGAGCCAAGUAGACCGUAAAGAAAUAAUUCAAUUAGAACUACUCAUUGACAAUAGACAAUGGAUAUCUGAUGUGUGUGUUUAUAGUUAUAUAUGCUAAUCUAAAGGCCUGUCCAUGCAAGUGGGCAUGAGUGGAUUGGCAGUCAACAAGUAGGGUCAUUAGUGGUGUCUUCAAAAUAUAGUGAUGAGGAGGGGCAUGGAUUUUAUUUAUUUAUUUUUUAUUUAUUUAUUUUUAUUUUUUUUUUUUUUUGGGGGGGAGGGGGUCAUAAGGUGAUGUUUGUGGAUUCCCAGAAUGGUUAAAGGUUAAAACAAAUGUGCUAGAUAUCAUAGGACAUGAAGCAUUAUGGUAAAGUAUUGAGGCAAAAAGGGUAUAAAUGAAUUUAUAAUUUGGAUAGUUGGACAGGAGAUGAAGAUGUUGAAAAGUAAAGGGGAAAAACCAAGACCAUGCAAAAUCAGUUGUGGCGAGGGCUGAGUAGGGGUGAUCCUUUACUUUGGGCCACAGUCACUGUCUCCUUAGUCCUCCAUAACAAGAAUGAGCAAGGGAUUGGGGGGGGGGGGGUAGAGUUGAUAUGUAUAUAGUUGUCUGCUGAUGGGUCUGUCAAUUGUAUCCAUCUACACAGGCAAGCAUAACCGGCAGGCAACUGUAAAGGUGACGUCAACAGGUGAGAAAACAAAAACUACUAGUUUGCUAAGUAGUUUGUCCACAAGUGAUGCCGCCUCUAUUCGUGCUCGCCCAUAUGGAUAGGCCUUUAAGAUAUGCUCAUAUAGAAUGACGGAGAAACAGCUACUUUUGAACCAAGCUUACUAUAGAAAAAAAAAAUUGUCUUACACUUUCAUGUAUCUUCAGCCUAGACAUCGCCCUAGCUGUAUUGUGUUCAGUAAUGUUGACCAACAAUAAAGAAAACACUGAUCAAAAGCCAGUGCAAAGAAAGGCAGUUGUCAGUGAUAUAAUUUGCAAACGUAAUGUGUGCCUCCCCUAAUAAGUCAGGAAAUGUAUUUGUCAACCUGAAUUUUGAUAGAAUGUUCAAGCCUGUAACUAGCAAAUAAAAAUACCCAUCAUAUUUCUACACUGUAGGACAGUUUAUAGACUACUUUUCCAAAUACCUGUACAAGUUAUUGUGUAAAUUUUGAAAGUUGUGUGAUAAAAAAUAAAUAUGGUAAAGAGAA